CCCUUCCUCAGUCCCCUUCUGUCAGUUGGUUAUCACCGCAGUGGCAGCUGCCGGUCCGGCUGGGCUUCCCCCCACUUUCCGUCCCAACCGGCCUCGGCAAGGAGCUCCCGCGUUGCCCUUGGGGUCUUUCUGUGAGGUUCCCCCCACUCCUCUGCCAAUGCCAUGGACUCGCCUCCAAUGCUGCACCCGGUGAAGCUCUACGUUUACGACCUGUCCAAGGGCAUGGCUCGGCGCCUCAGUCCUAUCAUGCUCGGUAAGCAGCUGGAUGGCAUCUGGCACACCUCCAUAGUUGUCCACAGGGAUGAAUUCUUCUAUGGCAGUGGUGGGAUCUCCAGUUGUCCACCUAGUGGAACACUGCUCGGGCCUCCAGACUCUAUUGUAGACUUAGGAUGCACAGAAGUUUCAGAAGAGCUCUUCCUGGAAUACUUGUCCUCACUGGGGGAAUCUGUGUUCCGUGGAGAGUCUUAUAAUCUUUUUGACCAUAACUGUAAUACAUUCAGCAAUGAAGUGGCACAAUUCUUGACAGGGAGAAAGAUACCUUCUUACAUCACUGACCUUCCAUCUGAAGUUCUUGCAACACCUUUUGGACAAGCUCUCCGACCUCUCCUUGACUCCAUCCAGAUCCAGCCCCCUGGAGGAAAUAAUUUCAGCAGACAUAAUGGACAAAGCUAGCAGACAAGGUGGAAAAUGCCUCGAUUCAUCAUGGCGUUUCCUUUUUAAACUCCAGCAUACCAGGUUCCUAACUUAGAAUUCUUGCCAGGUUUCAUGGUGAGAUGGCAUUUCAGACUUUCUAGGGAGAGUAUUUCCUGGAUUGCAUGUGAUAUGAUGCUACCAGAAAAAAAACUUGUCAUAAAGUCAAAUAGUGUAUUUACUUACUAAAGUUGUUUUUGUCUUGGUUCACUUCAAAAGCUUUUUAAAUAUCCCCUGCUGAGAAAGGGGUGAUUAGGAAACCCAUUGCACAAUGCAGAGCAGCCUUCCCCAGCCUGGUACCCUCCAGAUGUGUUAGACUACAAUUCCCAGCUUCCCCUGGAUAGCCCUAGUAGUUGUGGAUGCUGAAAGUUAUAGUUCAACACAUUCGGGGGGCACUAGGCUGGGGGAGGCUGAUUUAGAGUAACUUGGGCAGCACUGAAUAUGUUAGUCUUCGCCAUUCCUUGCCAGACCUGCUUAUUUUCAUUACCCUUCUUACACUGUAUUUGUGCCCGCCGUAAUCCUAAAUGUGUGAGUCUUUCAACACUGAAGUUCUAAAUACUAACCCAAUAUUAAACUUGAAUAUUCUUUUAAUUCCUUUGUAGGAGAGGAAAUAAGCUAAAAUAUGUGAAAUAAUUUUGAGUAAUGGUUCUUAAAUGGAUAAUAUAGAUUAGUUUCCCAAUGGCAGUAAUCUCUACAAUAAGCUGUUAGAUGGAUUUCUAAUUCUGGAUGAGUGACUGCACCUGUCUUGCAGUACCGGAGCUGGACCAGAGGCAGCAUAUGGACUCUCCAACAUUGGAUAGAAACUCCCCCCCCCCCCCCGGCAAUUCCUCUAUUCAAGAAGGCCGCUAGAGGCAUGUGUCUAGUUUGGCACAUACCUUCUAUAACAAUUCAUUCCUCAAGAAGGCUGAUACCACAGGCAAUUUAAUUUGAGCUAGGCUGGGAAUAGCUGGAUAAUAACCAUGCUGGAAAGAAGUCCAAAAUCUGUAUUAAUAUCCAUCAUUUCAGACAUGGGGAAUUUGAGCCUCAAACUAGAUAUGACUUUAAGCAGGUGAUUCAAAUCUUUGCUUAGACUGGUCAUGUCUGUUCACAAAAAUCAGUGUUGGGAACUUCCCCUCCCUGCCCAUCAGUCUCAAUUGAAUCAGGGCUCUCUUCAUUUCCCCCCUCUAGUGGGUAUGUUUAGAGAAGCAUUCUGAGGCAAUGGCUGCUACCUUUUAAGAGUACUGUCUGGAAGAAAAGAAAACCUAACAAGUCCUUGCACUUAACUUGGCUUGGUCUGCUGUAUCAGAUAUUAAUUCAGUUACCUUGAUACACAGUGAAAACUACCAAUUCCUGCUCAUACUUGGCAGGAAGCGCAGAACAUCAGUUAGUACUCAGAGAUCACAUUUACUUUAGUCUAUUCUUUUCAGUAUUUUUAUACAGCCUAUCUGCCAAACCUACCAACAUGGUGUACUGCAAUAACCAACAAUAAGAACAUUGUAAAAAUAUCAAAAUAGUAGGCCAUCAUUUUAAAAAACAAAGGCAAUGCUACUAAUGAAAUAAUUUACAAGGCCAAGGGUAAAGAGAUAUUUUGACAUAUUUUCUAAAAGUAUAAGAGGAGCACUCAUAGCUCAGGGGGUUGAGGGAUAUUCCACAAUUGGGGAACAACACAGGAGAAAACCCUCUCACAUACACCCAUCAAAGUGGGCCUCUGCAAGUGGCAGUAUCCUCAAGGGCCACUCCUGGAGAUCAUAACUGGACAGGUUCAUAACGGGACAGGCAGUCCCUUAGAUAGCCAGGCCCUAGUCCAUUUAGGCCUUUACAGGUUAAAACCAACACCUUGAAUUGAGCCUGGAAAACAAUUGGUAACCAGUGCAGGUCUUUCACUAUUGGGCUAUAACAUAGCUGCAUUGUAUAACAUGUAAGUAUAAAAUGCAACCCUAGGGAAGUAGCUAGAUUGCAAUCUGGUGGUAUGUCAGGGUUGAGGCAUCAGGAAAAAAUGCAGCUGCUGCACCUCCUACCCAAGUCACCACCAGUCCUUUUGCCUGCCUGCCUCCCUUUCCUGGUGUGAUAUCAAACAAGUUGUCCUUGCUAUGGCAAGGCAGUGGAAGAGUGGGGUAGGCGGUGCAGUGGCUGCAUUCUCACCUGCUGCCUCAAAACCUUUGGACAGGUUCCCCAGAUUGCAACUCAGCUACACUAUGUUUUUCUACACCUAUUUUGCCUGGUGUGACUAUCUAAGAAUCAAGGUAACAGUUCUGGUUCUGAAUGUUCUUUCAGUACAUUAUCCUCAGUUUGUAAAAAGACAUCUGGCUCCCCUUCUUCUUUAUCACAUUAGAUGUGGGUUUGUGGUAGGGGAGAAAAGCAGCAGGUGUAAAUAUCUUUGAAAAUUCAUCCUGCUGAUGUUUGUAGAACCACUAAGUAACUGGCUUCUUUGAAGUUCUUCCAUUCCUACAGCCACGUCCAAAACAGAUCUACUUCCUAGUCAGCUCCACCAAAUGUAAUGGGACAUACUUUCUAGUAGGUAUGUUUGUGGACUUAGAAAUGCCUGCCAAUGGUUCCUUUUUACUUGUGUGUAUCAUCUAAAGCAUUCCUUCUGCUUAUUUUUCUAUGUGCCUCUCUCCAACUGACUAGUGCAUUUGACCAGGUGGAGAAAUGGAUGAAGUCCUGGAUCUUACUUGACCACGCUUCUUAGUACUUUCCUUCCCACAACCUUGGAAAGUGCAACGUGAUCCUAUGCAUGUUUCCUCAGAAGUAAGUCCCACUGAUUUCAGUGUGCCUUGCUCCCAAGCAAGUGUGUAUAGGGUUUCAGUCUUGGACAUCUUCAAUGGGACAGAAGGGAGAUGAUGCCUCUUGGAUUAUGGAACUUGAUUUGUCCUUCCUAUUGUUUCCAGUAAAGAGAUGAGUCUUUUGCUGUUAUGUAAUAAAAAUAGGCUCUAUUUUGACUUGUGUGCAAUAACAAUUAGAGCCUCUUCAUUGAACAGAGACUUCCUAGAAGAGGCUUUAUUUCAAGACUGACUCUUCAUUCUAGGACAUAAAUGAUUGAUUGUAUGUCGUUCCUCCUGCCAGUUAACACAGUUGACUGAGGGUAUUCAUAGUCAAGAGGACGGUUUUCAACUUGAUUAGAAAGGAUAGUCAUGUAUAUACCCCGCAUUCCACCCAAUCCCAUGUAUUUAUAAGUAUAUAAAAGUAUAAGCCAUGUAUAUGUAUGUAAAUUGAUCCAUUUCCAACCUGAAGUGGCUGACAAUGCGCAGAGCAUAGGCUUGGCCCAAGUGGUGGGUCUGCCAUUUCUGGGGAUUCCUGUUUUCCAUUUUAUAAUUAAAAUAGAGCCUUUGCCAGAAA